AUGCUUUUUAAAUUGCAUGAGAUCGAAAUCCUCGCACAAGGUGACGUCCGCGUUAUCUAUGAACCCUUCGAGUCAUGGUUCCCUGGCCAGCAGUCCAUCAACAAGCGCAAUGACCUGCUGCUUCCAUCAUUAUCUGCGAUCGUCGCUGAUGAUGGCUUUAUGGAAGAAUCCAAAACGUCUGGCCUGUACUAUUCUUUUUCUACUGAUCGCGUAAUCUUCUUUCUUCUGAACUGCUUCCUGGAAAUCGCCCAUCCGCGUGUCCACACAGAUGCCGAUUUGUGCAUACCUCGCCGAACUAAACUUCUUACACUAUCUCAUGGCCUUUCCUUGCAGCAUAUGCCUCAGCGCUACGGACAUUCUCCCAUGGAAAGAUAG